CACGUCGUCAUUCAUACGGAUUUUUUCAACCAACUUUUGAUUUGGUAAAUAAAAUAAAAUUUCAAAACAAUCAACAUAACGUUCAAGAAACAAGACCUAAUUGCAACUUAUUUAUAAUUUUACAAGUGUUUUGCAAUAAUUUGUUGGUUGUUUUCUGCUCACGUACUAUCGAGCAGUGAUCAAUUCUAAUAUAACGUCCCAAAUAUUAUCAUUUUUAUUUAAACAAUAAAUAUAUUUUAUGAAAAUACUUGUCCGAAGAUAAUGAAUAAAGAAACAAGCGAUAUAUCUACAGAAAAUGAUAACAAUAAUAGCACCAGAGACACCCAAACCCAACAGGUAGACUUGUUUAACUUGAUUGGAGGAAGCUGGCCACCAGCACCACGUGAGCCUGAGCGCACUGAGUAUGGAUUUUCACAACAGAGCCACAAACACACUAUGCAGCGAUCUUCACAAAGUGAACGGAUCAAGUCUGUGAAUUUACUGGCUCAUCUAGCACCAGAGCGGCGACGCCACAAAACGAAUACUAAUAUACCAUCCUCAACAGUCAGUGAAGAUCCUCAACCUAAAAUGGUUCACGAACCAAAGAAGAUUGAAACUGGAAUUUUAGUUGAUAUUUGCAAUUCGGAGCCGGUUCCUGAGGAGUUAUAUGAUUCCCCGGCACUUGGGUCUCCUCGAGUUGCUCCACCGGCCAAACCUUCUCCAGUACACGAGCCCGAAGAUAUCGGCGUUGGAUCACUGGUCGAAGUUGCGACGGAUGUCGACCAACAUUACUAUGGCGUGGUCAGAUGGAUAGGGGUCAUUGAUGACACGGCAACAGCCGGUGUUGAGCUAGAACAGAGCGUAUGUGGCCUGGGUGACGGCAGUCGCGGCGGCACACGUCUGUUCUCGUGCGCGGCGGGACGCGCCCUGUUCGUGCCGCUACCGCUGUGCCGCCGGGAUGCGCGGUUCCGCGACACGCCGCCACCCGGUCGCAGUGAUCCGCACGACGCAGACCUCUCCGAUCAGCCGGAUUGCCCAAUAGUUGUAGGUGUGGUGCCGCCACUGAGUUCGCUGGGCGAGCUGGCAGGCAAGAACCGCGGCAUACAGGGACACCACAACUCUUGCUAUCUCGAUGCCACGCUCUUCGCGAUGUUCACCUUCACCAGCGUCUUUGAUGCGCUGUUAUACCGCCCGCCAGAGCCCGAGGAUUCACCGCACUAUUCCGAAGUUCAACGAGUACUUCGAGAAGAAAUUGUGAAUCCACUGAGAAAGCAUGGUUAUGUGCGUGCUGAUCGAGUCAUGAAGUUGCGAACUUUGCUUGAAAGGCUGUCUGACGUGCCUGGUCUGACCUCAGAAGAAAAGGACCCAGAAGAAUUCUUAAAUGGUUUAGUAGCACAACUAUUGCGAGCUGAACCAUUUCUGAAGUUGUCUUCAGGACAAGAAGCGUAUUGUUAUCAGUUGUUUGUGGAGAAAGACGAACAUGUUUCAUUGCCUACCGUACAGCAAUUAUUGGAACAAUCAUUUACCACAUCUGGUGUGAAACUUAGUGAGGUUCCAGCUGCUUUCAUCAUUCAAAUGCCGCGGUUCGGCAAGCAAUAUAAAUUGUACCAAAGAGUAUUACCCUCGCCACUACUGGACGUGACUGAUUUAAUAGAUGGCUUGCCGCGCCAGUGCACAGUGUGCGGGUCGCUAGCGCGCUGGGAGUGUGCCGCGUGCGCGGGCGCCGCGCUGGAGGCGGGCGCGCUGUGCGACAACUGCCGCCGCGUCGCGCACGCCACCCGCCCGCACCACAAGGCCACUCCUCUCAAUGUGUGCGAGGAGUUUGCAAACAUUUUGGAGUCUUGUCCGGUACCGCGGGUGUACAUGGAGCUGUUUGCAGUUCUGUGCAUUGAGACUAGUCACUACGUGGCCUUUGUAAAGGCAGGGGUCGGACAUGACGCUCCCUGGUGCUUCUUCGACUCAAUGGCCGAUAGAAAAGGCGAGCGCAACGGCUACAACAUCCCGGAGAUCGUGUGCACGGCGGAGCUGGGCGCGUGGCUGGGCGAGGAGGGCGCCCGCGCGCCCGCGCUGCCGGCGCACGCCAAGCGCCUGCUCUCCGACGCAUACAUGUGCUUCUACCGCAGCCCCGACGUCGCCAUGUACCGGUAGCCACACACUAUGUACUUCCAUACACUAAUUAUGCAAUACAUACUAUUUAUUUCACAUA